AUGCAAAGCAGAGACUGUGUCAAAGUGGCCGUCAGAGUCCGACCAUUCAACAAGCGAGAACGGGAUGCGGGGAGCCACUGUGUUGUCUCCAUGGCAGCCAGCUCCAUCACCAUCCAUGAUCCUCGACAUUCCCAAUGCCGUCGCUCAUUCUGUUUCGACUAUACCUACUGGUCACACAGUGGCUUCAUCCAAGACCAUACCGGUCUCUACUUGCCUGAGGAGGUCGGGGGGCGAUACGCUGACCAGGGUUACAAUGCCACCCUUCUGGCCUAUGGGCAAACAGGUUCCGGGAAGAGUUACUCCAUGGUUGGCUACAGACCCAAUAAAGGUCUGGUCCCCAAACUGUGUGAGCGACUCUUUGAGACCAUUAAAGGAAAGCAAGACUCCAGACAAUGCCAGGUCUUCUUCAGCAUGUUGGAAAUCUACAACGAGCAGGUGGUGGACUUGUUGUCUCGUGGCACUCGGCCCCCAGGUGGGCUCCGGGUCAGAGAGGAGCAGCACAGAGGUUUCUAUGUUGAGGGUCUACGUACCGUCCCCUGUGAUAGUGCAGCACAGGUGGAACAGUUGAUGGAACAGGGCACCAGAACCCGGACCACCGCGGCCACUCACAUGAACGCCAACAGCAGUCGCUCACACAUGCUCAUUGUGCUGCAGCUCAAACAGAUCUUCUCCAAAGAGAGCAUCAGCAAACAGUCCAACAUCAACCUGGUGGACCUGGCAGGAAGUGAGCGUCAAAGGUCAUCGGGGCCAGAAGCUGACCGCCUGAAGGAAGGCACGGCCAUCAAUCUGAGCCUCACCACUUUGGGCAACGUCAUCAGCGCCCUGGCUGACAUGGCAGUGGGGAAGAAAGCGGUCCACGUCCCGUACAGGGAUUCGGUCCUCACCAAGCUGCUGCAGUCCGCUUUGGGAGGGAACAGCCGUACGGUCAUGAUCGCCACGUUGAGCCCUGCUGACAUCUGCUACGAGGAGUCUUUGUCAACGCUUCGCUAUGCUGAGAGGGCAAAGCACAUCCAGAACCGGCCUGUGGUGAAUGAAAGCCCCACUGAGCGUCUGGUCAAAGAACUCAAAGCUGAGAAUGCCAGACUGCUGCAGAGACUGAGCCGGCUGGGCCAGGAGGGACGGGGCGCCAAUGAUGAGACCAAGGAGCUCCGUCAGCUGCUGGCACACAAUGAGCUCCAGAUCAGAGCCAUUCACACUCUGUGGGAGCAACAUCUGCAGGAGGCACUCAAGGACUGGGAGCAACAGUAUGCCCACAUCACACAGGAGAGGAGAAUGAUGCAGAUGCAUCCUUACAUCCUGAACAUCAACGAGGACGCUCAGCUGUCUGGUGUGGUCAAGCUCUUCAUCCAAGAGGGUGAAUGGGACAUCGGCCUCUGUGACAACAUGCCCACAUCCAUCACCAUCAAGGGUUUAGGCAUCCAGCAGCGUCAUGCUGUGAUGAGGAAUGAACAGCGCCAGGUUACGCUAACCCCCUUGAUGGGGUCAAAGGUGACCAUCAAUGGCAGAGCUGUUUGUGAGACAACUAAGCUCCAUCAUCUGGACAGACUCAUUCUGGGCUCCAACUGCACAUACCUUUACAUCGGUUUCCCGUCCGAGAGGGGCGCCGAUGACUGGAGUCGCUACGACUACGACUACUUCCUGUCAGAACUGGCUGCUGCUGAGGGCAUCCACCUUGGUGAAACCAGUGCGGAAUGUUGUGAGACGGAUCCAAGUCUCCUGGCCGUCUUUUAUGACUACAUCAAACUGAUGCCGCUGGUGGCUGAAGCCAACCAGAUGAGCCAGGAGUUAAACAAGGGGGUGGAGUUUCAGUUGGAGAUUAAGAAUCUGGCGCUCUCAGAUUGGAAAGGCCAUGACCUGGAGAAAGACAUCGUUUGCAGAGUCACCUCGAAGCCAAGCAAACAGGUAUGGAUGUGGUCCAAGGCCAAGUUUGUUAACCGGAAAUUCCUGAUGGAAGAAAUCUACCAGCAGCAUCUGGCUGAGCUGAAUGGAGAUCAUAGAGAAGAGGGCCUCUCCACGGCAACCUUGCCCAGAGAUAAGGACCCUUUUUGGGAUCCGGUAGAGCCGCUACUCCUGGGCACUGCUCACCUCUGGCUCCAGUCUUUGGCCUUCCGUAUUCCUCUGGAUGAACAACUAGAGAUUCUGGGGUCAGAGGGCAGCGAGGAGGGCAUUAUACACGCUAAGCUGCUUCCUUGCACCGCUACUGGCAUGCCUCUGGGUGAAGAUGACAUCCUCAUCGACCCGUCUGAGCUUCUGGGUAGACGACUUGACGUCCAACUAGUCCUGGAACAGUGUUUUGGACUACGCUGGAUCAAAGAGGAUCGGAGUAGAGGCAUCCAAAUUGGUUUCAGGCUGCUGGACAGCUCCGUGCUGCUCUACACGCCCGCUGUCUGGCACAGCGUCAUCCCUGUGCUGCAUCACCAAGUCCACUUCGCCUCCCUCCAAGUGUCCCAGCAGCUACUCGACGAUCUUCAGAGCAGCGCUGUACUUCUGGAACUAUGGGGGCUUCAAGAGGGUUGCAUUAGCUUGGUAUCACCGCUGGAGGGCGCCAUGGUGACCACGGAGGGCAUCUUCAUCAUUGAUGGCUAUGGUACAGCUGAUAAUAUCGCUGCUGAUUCUGCAGCACUGAACACUUCACUAAAGAUGCUUCAGAAAGACUUGGAGGAACUGAAAAGUGUAAACAAGUCACUGAUGGAAGAAAAUCAAAGUUUAAGAGGACAGCUCAACAUGGCGAGGAAUGGUACCAACAGUGCACGAAGUCGCUCGGUUCGGCCCAGUUGUGAUGCAGAGUUUGCUCGCUCGCUGAAGGUUUUCUAUCACAGCAUGACCUCUGUUAGGACUCAGUUGCAGAGUCUGUGCAGACAUAGGCCCAGCGAGUCAUGUGAUCUGUUGGCUCUACAACUUUUUGUGGAUGAGCAGAGUGGUCUCUUGAAGGACUUCUCGGAUCACCUGGAGACAACCGUGUCAGCCCUCAAACACGACGUGGCCGCCAUCGUCCGACGCAAGCGAGAACGAUGGGGAACUUGGUCUUGACGCUUUUGUUAAUAUCCUGCUAAUUAAGUUUUGACGUGUGCUGCAUAAAAAACUAAAGUGCAGCUUGUAAGACAAGAGGGAACAGUACAAGGAUUAUUAAAGUCCAUAAAAAAUUUAUUAGACUGUAUGUAAAAGUAGUUAUUGCAGUUCCAAACUGCAAAUAAAUUAAAACACAAAACACAAUUCAGGUUUUUACAAUAUGAUGACC